AUGGCUGCAUGUUCUAGUGGAGGUGAUGGAAGUGGCGUCAAGCCGAUUUGUAGUAACUGUAACGCCACGCAAACACCAUUAUGGAGACGGUCGGUGGAUGACGAGCUGCUAUGCAAUGCAUGCGGUCUCUAUCAAAAACUUCACAAUGCACCGCGACCCAAGACGUUGAAGCCAAACAAUGGACGUAAGGAUAUGCGAGACGACGAAGCGGCGCAGCUGGUCUGCUCCAAUUGCCAAACCACAAAAACACCAUUAUGGAGACGCGAUACUGCUGGUUCCCCGCUAUGUAAUGCAUGUGGCUUAUACUUAAAGUUACAUCAUGAACGGCGACCGCUAUCAAUGAAGACGGAUGUGAUUAAAAAACGGCAACGCUAUGAAAGCGGGAAUACCAAUCCGACUGGACGAAAGCCUGGCAAAAAGUCUAAAGGGGAUCAAUCUCAACCGUCUUCACCGACUUUGUCAACGAGUGACGCUAUUCCGCUAAUGUCUGCCCAGCAGCAGCAGCAGCAGUCUCAGCAAUUACAACAGCAACAGCAACAGCAGCAGCAGCAACAACAGCCACCACCACCACCACAGCAGCAGCAGCAACCGCAACCGCAAUCACAACCUCAAUCACCGCAAGCUGCCACCCAACAACAACAAACGCCCGUGUUCCUUAAUAAUAACCAAUUUACCCUACAUAAUCCUCCUCCUUCAUCCUAUAAAUUCUAUUAA